GAGCGACUCGUGGGUCUUUGUUGUAGCAUUAUAAUUUAAUUAUCGGCCUGCUGUUUUAGUAUGCAUGCGCUGAGGGGUUUCCUUUGACUUGUCAGCGAUUCUCUCUCGCUGGGCGCGGUCGGGCAGAUGUUUUUGUAAUAAUAAUCACGCGUCGUGUCUGAAUAGAAUCAUUUGACACGACUAGCUCUAUAGUUCGCCGCUUGUAGAACUCUACCCUUUUAGCACAGCCUCCGUAGAUUGUUAUUGCCACUCUGAAAAUGGAGAAGAUUGAAAAUAUCGAUGAGGAAGCUCUUUCCAAGGUUUUCAAGUUUGCAGAUGUGGAGGAGACAGGGUAUGUUGACGUGGCAACAAUCUCUACCCUGGCCGUACAGUUGCUAGGGGCACAGCUGAGUGACAAUGAGAAGGACACGAUUACAGUCAAAGCAGAAAGCAAAGCGGAAAAAGGCCUGCUUUCCUAUAAGAACUUUAUAGAAAUUAUGAUGGAUACAAUGCAAUCCAUGACACAAUGGGGCAAGCUGAAGACUCCACUGGAUGGAUAUGUUGGCUUUGACACGGUGCAGGAGCAGAUAAGGCGAAAGUCCCUUAAGAGAGGCUUUGAGUUCAACCUAAUGGUUGUGGGUGCAUCUGGACUUGGCAAGUCAACCAUGGUCAACACCUUAUUCAAGGGAAAAUUGAGCCGCCCCACCUCCACCGGCAAAUCUACCAUCAUCCCUAAGACUGUAGAUGUCAAAUCUGUUAGUCAUGUAAUUGAAGAAAAAGGGGUCAGACUCAAAUUGACCAUCACAGAUACACCUGGAUUCGGAGACCAGAUCAACAAUGAUAAAUGUUGGGAGCCAAUCAUGGACUACAUCAACAGCCAAUAUGACAAGUUCCUGACAGAAGAAGUGACAAUAGAGCGUAAACCGCGGAUACCGGACAGCCGAGUGCACUGUUGCUUAUACUUCAUCGCCCCGACCGGCCACAGACUGAAACCAAUCGAUGUGGAGUUUAUGAAGAGACUGGACAAGUGUGUCAACAUAGUACCUGUCAUUGCCAAGGCUGAUAACAUGACCCUAGAAGAGAGAGAGGCUUUCAGGAGAAGGUUACGAGAGGAUAUCCAGGCACAUAACAUUAACAUCUACCCAAUGAUGGAUCGUCAUGAUCUGGACGAGGAGGAACUUAGAGUCAAUUCCAGGAUCCGGGAACAGCUGCCUUUUGCAGUGGUCGGCAGUGAUAGCUACGUCACGGUGUCUGGAAAGUCUGUACUUGGCAGGAAGACAAAAUGGGGAGUUAUAGAAGUGGAAAACAAAACUCAUUGUGAAUUUUCCCAGCUUCGCGAUAUGUUGAUUAGGACCCAUAUGCAAGACCUGAAAGAAGUAACAAAUUCCAUCCACUAUGAGAGCUUCCGACGCAAGCGCCUUACAGAAGAACAAAAAGAUCGCAUCAAUCUUUCAGACAUUUCCGACACUCAGGAAAGCAAGAUUUAACUUACGCUAUUAUAGACUUAGCGAAAUUUUGAAACACCCAAUUCUAUACGAACAACAUCUUUAAGAAAAUUUAAGUAGAAGUUUAUGGGCAUACCUAAAGAAUUGAGGAAGAGGGUACGGGAACCCAUUAUUUCCGGCUUGAAAAGAGAAGUGGUUUAACAAAGCGGACCCCCACACCCCCUCUAUUUUCAAUAUCCAUAAAGAGUAGGGGAAGGAAAAUGGCAAAAUUAAACCUCUUCCUUUCAAAACAUCCUAGUAACGUCUGUUUCUCCGUUCAGCGUAGUCCAGUUUGUUUCUGGCUUUGAUAAUGUAAAGUUUAUCAAAGGAAAAAUAUUCGGCUUCUCCGAAUAACAAAUCUUCUAACUGCUCCAACAGGAUUAACUUGGAAACUUCCUCACUCGUUUUCAGAUUCAGUUUAUCGUUCCAGAGAAGAACCCAAAUUAGGAUAAAUAUUUAAAUUCCAAUUUUAAAAUUCCACUUUGCGUUUGCUAUGUAUUGUUAAUACUUAUUAAGGUUUCAAAAGUUAUUUUGUUUCCCUUUUGAAUAGAAAAUCUAUAGCAAUUACCAAAUGCGUUCGUUUGGCAGUUAUCUCUUCGUAUGUUAUUUUUCUCUGUAUUGUACUAGUUUUUUACGGUCUAGCUCUUGGAAUUCUGUUUGGGAGUCCUGUGGUUGGCUGUAAGACAAGAGGAGCUGGGGAGAGGCGUCCAAGGGAACGAGAGGGCUUCCGGUGACGUCACAGAGGGUUUCCGGGAACGCCACAGGAAACCCCAAAAGAAUGCCAGGGACGAAGCUGACCAUUUUUCUAAGAUGACUCGAUAGAAGAAAAGGCUUUGUGUAUGGCUGCUACGAUCGUGAUCCAUUGCGCAUGCUCUGUCAGUUAACCGCUGACAGAACGGCAAUCUACAGUAACGUAGUAAUCUACAGUAACGGCAAUCUACAAUUGCCGUUACUGUCACGCAUGCUCAAUGAAAAUGGUCUCGACUCCCGGGCCAGUGCACAAAUAUUUUCCUCGCUCCACCCCAGUGAAUAACUAUAUAAAGUCGUUUUAAACCAGUGUAGGAAAUAAUUAAGAACAACUUAGCGCCUCAUCUUUAUACACCAUUUCCCUUUUAUAGUACAGGAAGUAAGAAUAAAUUAAUAAAAUUUGAGAACAAAAUGUAACAAAUAUUAAAGAACAAUAAACACAAGUAUUGAUCAAA